AAAGUUAUUUAUUACCAUAAAAAAAAAAAAAAAAGAAAAAAUCCUUCAGGGUAAAUUUGAGUGCUGCUGCCGCUGUUGCUCUGCCGUUGUUCUAGCUUGACUGAUUCUCGUGUGGUUAUCGUCUCGUACUUAUUAGUCACUGCGUUAUUACUAUUUUUGUUUUUAUUUUGAAAACAGAUAAAUACACAGACCCUAAUGGCCGAUCAGAGGUUCUGUUUGCGAUGGAACAAUCAUCAGCCGAAUUUGGUGAACGUAAUGACUGGCCUGUUGAACAGCGAAAUGUUUGUGGAUGCAACCAUUGCCGCAGAGGGACGGAAAAUUCAAGUUCAUAAAGUUGUAUUGUCUGCUUGCAGCAGUUAUUUUCAAAUGCUUUUCAAUGAAACACCAUGUAAACAUCCAAUUAUUAUCAUUAAAGACAUGUCUUAUAAUCAUUUGAAAACAUUAAUUGAAUUUAUGUAUUAUGGAGAAGUUAAUAUCUCUCAAGAUCAACUCCCUAUAAUUCUAAAAGCUGCAGAAAGUUUGCAAAUUAAGGGACUGACAGAAAAAACAAUGUUUCCGUUUACUACAACACGACAGGCAGAAACUGAAUAUAGUUUGUUGUCUCCUUCAGCAAAACGAAAAAAAAUGCACCUUAUGAAAUCAUCUAGUGAUAAAUCUGAACAUAACAGUUCUAUAGAGGAUAUUUCAGUAACCGAACAAGAUAAUUUGGCUAAUAGAUCUCAACCUACACCACAAGGACAAGAAACAUCGAAAUCUAUUGGUAGUGUAAGCAAACAUUCAUCAACAGAAAAUAAUGCUUCGAUUGUUCAUCAAAAACCUGAAGGUUGGUCGUUUUUGGAGCAGCUCUCUGAUUGCCCGCCUCACAGUGUCUACGCCAUACCCAAAGCCAAAGCAACAUCCAAACCAGAGAAUAAAGUACGCAAAAAACGAGAACCAGGUAUACGAGAGAGUGAUCGUUUUAAAGAAGCUCUUGAAGCUGUUCGUGUGGGACGUAUGGGAUUUUGUCGUGCAGCCCAAGAGUAUGGUAUAAAUAAUCGUACAUUAUGGCUUGAGUACAAAAAGAAAGGUUAUCCUGUUCACCGAAAAGGUCAGUCUUCCUCGUCUAUUCCAGUACCUUCGCCAGCCUCAUCUAUCAAUGGUCAAUCUUCCGAUCAAGUAUAUCAAGCACCGUUAUAUGAACCUUCAACGUCUCAAACAUCUUCAACAGUCGAUCAUCCUGCUUAUGUUUCACAAAUGUAUUCACAACCACUGACAGUUAUUAAUCCAUGCUAUUAUUCUUCACCAGCACCUUCAAUAUUUUCUGCUGGAAACCAUACAUAAUUAUUAUAUUACUUAUUAACAAUUCUUUUUGUUUCCUUUUCUUUAGCUAAUAAUUUCACUUUUACUGGUUUGCACAAAUAUUUAACUAUAUUAAUUUUACAAUUCAUUCAUUUGAAUACAGAAUAGAAUGUACUACAAUGAUUUGUUAUUUUCAAGUGGUAGAAGUUAUGUUAUUGUUUUAAAAUAUUAAAUCAUCAUGAAACACCUUAUAUUUAUUUGACGAAUCAUUCACAGUUCAUUAUUUGUAAGAUGCAACAGUAAAUCGAGUAUUCCUUCUUAUACAUGUGUAGUGUACUUAAACUGCUUUCUAUACUUAACUCAUUGUAUUCACCUUAUUGAUAUUUAUUUGUAUAUAUAUCAUAUAAGUUGUAUAAAUAAUUUAUUGUUAAAAUUUUUCAGUACAAUAUUUUGUUUUUAAAUGGACUUCAUAGUUAUGGUCGCUAGCCCCCUUCUCUCCAUGUGUCUUGUAUUGUAUGUUAGGAAAAUAUUUGGGUAAACUUAUAUUGGAAUAGUUGGGUGGUAGGUUAUUCUUUUAGGACAGAUGUCUCAUCCAAAAAAUGUAAUCACCCAGUGACUAGGG